GAUUUCCCAUCCCGCCCGUACUUCUGGCCGCGCUAGCACCUCACUUCGACUACCUCCUUGCCGCCUCCGCCGCACGAAAUUGAAUGCGGAAGAAUGAUAGGGCUCACCGUCCAUGGUCUGACAAGGGAAGAUGCAAGCUAGCUGGACUGUUCUCUAUCGAAACGCGUGUGGAGAGCGCGCUCGAUUUACUCGGUUGUCAAGUGCGUACCUGGGAGCGCUCCUCGUAUAUAAGAUAGGGCCUUCAUCUCCCUCAACAAACUCGUAACGCAGCAUCACAUACCUUCCUCUCCUUCACCUCUUUCUCCGCUAUGCGCUCUUUGAUCGUUGUCGCUGGGCUUGCAGCCUUUGCCCGCGCUCACGUGGGCGCGUUCGUGAAGGGCAUGUACUGCAGGAAUGGUGGUGCUUCCUACGACGAUCAGAACUCGAACAACGAAGUCAAGCCCAUCUACGGGCAAAACCUGGAGAACUUCAUGUUCAACCAGGUCCAGAACUGCCUCAACGACCCGCCGCCUGAGGGCGAGAUCGCUGACCUGCCUGCCGGCGGCACCAUCAAUAUCGAGCUCGCCACGAACCGAGGCUGUACCACUUUUAGCUUCAACGGACAGUACGCCACAAAGUACAUCGAUGGCUACACGGGCGAGUACGAUGACAACUGGAAUGAUCCGAACUGCCUUACGAACCCGAACAUCCAUACUCAGAAUAAGUCGAUGGCGGCCGGUACCGCUCUGGCCAUCUCCUACGUCAACGACCCGCACGACGUCACAUUCGACAACCUUGUCGUGUUCUCUGUGCUCCCGAACACGCCCUGGCUGUACCGCGAAGUACAGUACGAGAUCCCGGCCAACCUGCCACGUUGCCCGAACGACGUCUGCAUCUGCGCUUGGCUCUGGACGCCCAACGGCUGCGGCACCCCCAACGACUACAUGGACGGCUUCAAGUGCCGCGUUACGAAUGCAUCGGCCAACAAGCAGCUCGGCAAGCCCCAGGCGCCUGUCUACUGCGGCCAGGACGCAGCACCGUACGAGCCGAACGUACCUGCAUGCAUCGAGGGCCCGAAGCAAAUGAUCGUCUGGGGCCAGGACGGCAUCGACAACGUCGGCGUGCCGGCGAACUCUGGCCUCUCUCCGGGCUACAACGAGAGAUCUGGCUUCCACCCGGGCGCCCAGAACGACAUCUUCUCGAACGACGACAUAACGUGGUGAACGAUGAGAGUUGGUUCUCGAUAACGGGGCUACAGUGGUAUCUUUAUCUAUUUAUGUGGGUAUAUCAUCCGAUACAAACGCGUCUAGCCUUGUCAGUAUUACAGUAUCCAAAUCGUAUGGCGCCAGUCGCACAUCGUGAGCGGGA